AUGUCCUCUGAAUCCAUCGACUCACUUCUAACGCGUCCAGAUAAAUCAACAAAGAAUAAAAGAUUAUCUGCUAAACCUUACAAUACAAGGCAGCGUCCACUAAACCCGAGCGAUAGUGGUAAAUGGGGAAAUGAUCUCUAUAUUAAAUCUAUUGGUGGUGAACUAGGCGCUAGGAUGUUAAAUCCGAGUUUGUUUAAUAAACAGGCGGGGAAUACAACAGACACAACACAUACUCCACUGGGUUCUAGAAUUUCUGGUUUAGCAACACGCCAGAAGAAGAAUGAGAAGAAACAACAGUCAAUCAACAUUCGUGGCUCUUCUCACCAACCAACUCAAAUAAUUAUCAACAAUCUUGCACCGGGAACGUCUCAAGAGGAUGUAAAAGUGGCAUUAUCACCUUAUGGUAACAUACUUCACACCUCACCAAACCCAGUCAACAGCUCCGAUGAUAGCUUGGCAAUGAAUAUAUUUUUCGAGAGGCUGGUAGAUGCUCAAAGUGCUCUUAAAGCUUUCGAUGGAUUGCACGCAGAUGGAAAGGUGCUUGUUGUGAACCUUGUGGAAAAGACGGCGUUGGAGGAUGUCCACUCGUUGUUUUCAGAUAGAAAAAUGUACGCUGAUAGUAUCGCACCAACACCAUCACCACGUAAAUCCAAAGAUACCAACCCAAAGAUUCAAUCCAAACAGUCUAAACCUAGGCAGAGGAAGGAGAACCCACCAGCUAAACCUGUUUUAUCGAUCCUAGAACGGACGCAGAUGCAACCAAAGGCGAAAAAGAAGGAAAACACGGGUGUUCAAUCGGGUCAAUCGGGUCAAUCUCUACUAGAUAGGAUGAGUGUAGGGGGUGGAUUGAGCACACAGGGUACACAGAGUAAUCAAAGUACACAGAGUGCUCGAAGAAAGGCAGUUCAAUCAAAGCAACCAGGUCAAACUGUACAUACAAAAACACUGGCUGAAAGAUUAGGAAUGUGA